AUGGCCACAGCCCUGGGCCCUGCUGGCAUUGCCAUGGGCAGCGUGGGCAGCCUGUUGGAACGGCAGGACUUGUCCCCGGAAGAGCUACGGGCAGCGCUUGCAGGGCCCCGGGGUUCCCGCCAGCCUGAUGGGCUCCUCCGGAAGGGCCUGGGCCAGCGUGAGCUCCUCAGCUACCUGCACCUCCCCAAGAAGGACAGCAAGACGGCCAAGCGUGCCCCUCGGAACGAGAGUGCUGACUACACCACCCUCUACUACCGGGAGCAUCCUCGAGCUGGUGACUUCAGCAAGACUUCACUGCCCGAGCGGGGUCGCUUUGACAAGUGCCGCAUUCGCCCAUCGGUGUUCAAGCCCGUGGCGGGCGCUGGGAAAGGCUUCCUGUCCAUGCAGAGCCUGGCAGCCCACAAGGGCCAGAAGCUGUGGCGCAGCAAUGGCAGCCUGCACACAUUGGCCUGCCACCCACCCCUGAGCCCAGGGCCCCGGACCAGCCAGGCACAGGCCCGGGCCCAGCUGUUGCAUGCGCUCAGCCUGGACGAGGGCGGCCCCGAGCCCGAGCCCAGCCUGUCUGACUCCUCCAGCGGGGGCAGCUUUGGCCGCAGUCCUGGCACUGGUCCUGGCCCCUUCAGUUCCUCUUUGGGCCACAUUAACCACCUUGGGGGCUCCCUGGACCGGGCCUCCCGGGUCCCCAAGGAGGCUGGGCCACUGGCGAUGCUGAGCUGCCUGCCCGAGCCACCGCCCCCCUAUGAGUUCUCCUGCCCCUCCGCCGAGGAGGUGGUGGCCCUGCUUCCCGACACCUGUGAAGAUCUCAAGAGAGGCCUCGGUGAUGAGGAUGGCUCCAACCCUUUCACACAGGUGCUGGAAGAGCGCCAGCGGCUGUGGCUAUCCGAGCUGAAGCGCCUGUAUGUGGAGAGGCUGCAUGAGGUGGCUCAGAAGGCAGAGCGCAGUGAGCGCAACCUCCAGCUCCAGCUGUUCAUGGCCCAGCAGGAGCAGCGGCGGCUGCGCAAAGAGCUCCGGGCACAGCAGGGCCUGGGCCCCGAGCCUCGGCCCCCCGGUGCCCUCCCGGAUGCUGACCCUAACACCCGACCAGAGGAGGAAGCCCGAUGGGAGGUGUGCCAGAAGACGGCGGAGAUUAGCCUCUUGAAGCAGCAGCUGCGGGAGGCUCAGGCCGAGCUGGCGCAGAAGCUGGCCGAGAUCUUCAGCCUCAAGACGCAACUUCGGGGCAGCCGGGCGCAGGCGCAGGCCCAGGACGCAGAGCUGGCCCAGCUGCGCGAGGCCGUGCGGAGCCUGCAGGAGCAGGGCCCUCAGGAGGAAGCCCAGGGCAGCUGUGAGACCGACGACUGCAAGAGCAGGGGGCUGCUGGGGGAGGCGGGUGGCAGCAGCGAGGCCGCAGUUGGCGCCGAGCAGCUGCGGGCCCAGCUGGUGCAGGAGCGGCUCCGCGCCCAGGAGCAGGCACUGUGCUUUGAGCGGGAGCGGCGGACGUGGCAGGAGGAGAAGGAAAGGGUGCUGCGCUACCAGCGGGAGAUCCAAGGAGGCUACCUGGACAUGUACCGCCGCAACCAGGCGCUGGAACAAGAGCUGCGGGCGCUGCGGGAGCCCCCAGCACCCUGGAGUCCUCGGCUGGAGUCCUCCAAGAUCUGA